AUGAAAUCUUCCAUAUUACUUAACUUUUAGUCAAUACUUUUCGAAGCAGAUUAACCUUUCUGGAAAAAAGUUGAUUAAAAUAUUAAACUUGAUGAAUUUUCAAAAGAAGAGUUUUUCUAUUAUUCUAAGAAACAUAGAGAAUAUAAGAAAAAGGUCUUUGCUAAAAAAGGUUCGAUUAUAGUGAAAUUUGGACAAGAAGAUGUAUAUUUUUUAAUUUAAAGUAGAAUGAUAUGAUGUGUUGUAAUGUGUAAAACUCAUUAUUAGAAAUAACAAGUCAUUAAAAAUUUGGUUUUGGACUUAGGUUCAUCUAAAAUAAUAAUUGUUUAGAAGUUUUCGGUUAGAUUGAUUAAUGGAAUCAAGAACUUAAAAAAUAUUGCAUUCAAACAGAUCUUAAAACCAAAUAUACAAUUGGUAAAAAACUUGGAACAGGGAGUUUUGCUGAUGUAUUUUUAUAAUUUAAAUAAAAGGUAUAUCUUAUAAUUAACAAUAUGAGUGGAUAAGAGUUUGCUGUGAAAAUAUAUGACAAGUCUUCUAAUAAAUUUGAUUUAACUUGUGUAAAAUAAGAAUUAGAUAUUUUACGAUAAAUGGAUCAUCCAAAUACAAGUUAAAUAAUCGAAACUUAUGAAUCAUCAAAAUAUUUAUAUUUAGUUCAAGAGUUUUACAAAUAUGGAAGUCUCUAUGAUUAUCUUAUAAAAAAUGAGAUAUCAGAAGAAGAUUGUAUAAAGACCACUUAUAAAUUGUUAGAAGCACUAUUUAGUAUUCAUUCGAAAGGAGUUUUGCAUAGAGAUAUAAAACCUGAGAAUAUUUUACUUCGUAAACCAAAUCUUGAAGAUAUUGUAAUAUCAGAUUUUGGAUUAGCUGUUUAUUUUAAUGAAAAUGGUAAUUAUAAACAUCAAAGAGCAGGAACACCUGGUAAUAUAGCUCCAGAAAUACUAAAAGAUUAGAAAUAUGAUUAUAAAGUUGAUGUUUAUGGUUUAGGAAUUGUACUUUAUUAAAUGUUAACUUCUAAAUAAUCUCCAUUUUACAAUUAAAACUAUGAAAAAAUGUUGAGUUUAAAUUAAGAUGGCUUUAUAGAUUAUUCGUAAAUAAAAGCAUCAUUAUAAACUAUUAAUUUACUUACAAAAAUGCUUGAUCCUGAUCCUUUGACAAGAUAUACAACAUUAUAAGCUAAAUAAGAUUAGGUAUUUAAAAAAUAUAAUCGACAAACAAUUAUAAUUAAAAGAAAGAAAAUUGUUAAAGAUUAAACUGUUUCUAGUUUUAGCCCAAGAAGUAAUUCGAUUUAUUGUUCUUAAAUGAUUCCUCCAAUCAAAGUUUAAAGUCCUAAAAAUAGUUCUUUAUUCAAUAAAAGGAUAUUAGGUAUUCCUUUAAGAUAUAAAAAUAACGAGAGAAGAUAAUUUUUAUCUCCAAAUUCUUAUUUAGAUUAUGAUAUCCUAUGUAAUUCAGCGAAAUAAAAAUUCAAAAUUUCAAGUAGCCAAAUUAGAACAAGUAUUUAUUAAGGGAUGAUUUCUAAGAAAGCUGCAUUUUGA